AUGGAGACCAUCAAAGCAGUCUUUUUUGGCCCUGAUCCUCAGGCGCAAAUGAGGAAAUGUAACCAACUCAUUCGCGCGAACACCCGCCAGUUAGACCGCGAUAUCGCCCAGCUGAGGAACCUGGAUAGGAAGACCCGUCAGUAUAUCCUCAAUGCCUCACGAAGGGCUGAGAGGAAUCCAUCCCAGGCCAAACAGGCUGCAAAUGAGGCCAAGACCUUCGCACGUGAACUCGUACGGAUCCGAAGGCAGAAUACCCGUCUAAACACUAGUCGGGCGCAGCUCCAGAGCGUACAAAUGCAAGUGAACGAAGCCUUCUCCACUCGGAAAAUUCAAGGCAGUUUGAAGAAGUCUACUGGAAUCAUGAAAGAUGUGAACACAAUGGUACGACUACCGGAGCUUUCAGCGACAAUGCGCCAGCUGUCAGUGGAGUUAGUAAGGGCCGGGAUCAUCGAAGAAAUUGUUGACGACGCAAUCCCGAACGAUGAAAUCUUGGAAGAUGAAGAAGAGGCGGAUGCGGAAGUUGAUAAAGUUUUACAAGAGGUCCUACAUGGCAAGCUUUCCCAGGUGGAGAGCGUCAAGCCAGAGAAACCGCUUGAGGAGGAGCCGGCUGAAGAGGAGUUAGAAGACCAGGAGGCAACUCUCGAGCAGAUGAGAGGACGACUGGAAGCCCUGAAGAGCUAAGCAAAGGAUCCCGUUUCUCUGUGGAGCGGUUCGUUCCGGCAUAGUUAUGGGUCCAGGAUGACUCUACUUUAAUUGUGUGGCUUUCGAAGGAGUUUAGCGGGAGGCGUUCGAGCGUUGUCAUUUUCUGGUUAGGCCUUCUUUGCGGCAUCUUGAUGUUUUCCAUCUAUUCCUAUUCUUCAGGUAGUUAAGCGUCUUGACUGUGAUAGACUUGAGGGGCAUUCCAGGCUACAAGCUGCUUCAUGUAUAGUGGAGUGCCAUGGCUUCCAUUCUCUGAAUUUGUAAUGACAAAUGUUAAUUUGAACAUGUAUAUGGAAUCAG